GACUUUGCUGGUGAUAAUGUGGGUUGCUGGAUGCAGAUUCAAGUCGGGAAAGGACCAUGGGCAUCAGAAGUAUCUGGUCUUGUUAAAAUUGGUCAAACUAUGACUAUGGUCUUGGCUAUCAAGGACGACGACUCUAAAUUUGACAUGUUGGUCCGUAACUGUAUGGCCCAUGAUGGUAAACGGGCACCAAUUCAAUUGGUUGACCAGAAAGGUUGUGUAACUCGGCCGAAAUUAAUGUCUAGGUUUACUAAGAUUAAAAACUUUGGAGCUUCCGCUUCAGUGCUGAGUUACGCCCACUUCCAGGCGUUUAAAUUCCCUGAUUCCAUGGAGGUACACUUCCAAUGUACAAUUCAGAUCUGCAGAUAUCAAUGUCCCGAUCAAUGCAGUGAUAAUACCGCGCAGAUUGGUUUACACAGUGGUCUCUUGGAUGUUUCUUCUCAUCAAUCACCGGAUACGCAAUAUGGUCCCCCACCUGCCUUACCACAUGAUGCCUUUUUACACGGAGGUGUUCCACGUGAUGAACGCAGAGUACGAAGAGCAGUAGACCCCACGGAUCCUGAAAAAGAAGUUGGCGUUAAUCGUAUUAUCCGCGUUGUGUCAACUGGUGACCUAACUUUCAGUUUGGAUGAAAAUAGCACGACACCAACGCCACCUACAAUGGUAUUCCCUGCGAAAGAAGAACUCACACAGGGUGGGCUUAUCUGCAUGACAACACCGGGUUUCGCGGCGACUUUGGUCGUCCUUCUCGCCAUACUUGUCGUUUCGUGUUUGAUGUCUGCUUUCCUCUGCGUGCGGCUGCGGCCGUUUGCCAACGACAAAACCGCUGGCUUCAAUCAUCCGCAUCACUCCAAGGAUAAGAAACUGACGAAGAGCAACUGCUUCUAUUCAUAGAACUAAAUAACAAUCAAACAAGCGUAUAACAUAGUAAUCUCGGCUACGUGCAUGAUCGAACGCCAUAUUCACUCGCGUGAUUGUUCAGUUUUUGACAGAAAGACUGCGCAAUCAUUGAGGUUAUAAAUUGCAACUUGUGUGUCACUUGAAAAGUAAACGAAAAACGCUUUGAUCAUGCAUCGUAUCCGCAAGUUCUUCAAUUUUUUGGAAGAAUUUAUAACAUAGUUAGUUAGGUUACCUAAUACUAAGCAAAAAUCACGUUUAUAGAUACAAACAAACGCUUAAACGACAACAAAACAGUUUCAACAGUAACUAACUACUAGAUAAGUGCACUAUUCGCAGCCAAAUGGGUUGCCUAUCAGACAGAACAAGAAAGAAAACUGUAAAUAUAAGACUUCUAUGCAUAGAAUUAGUGCGUAAGUAAAGGAUUCUAAUCUAAUAAUUUUUACGUUUGGAAUUAUCAGUACGAUGUGGUUUCGGUCGGUUUUGGUUUUAAUUAUCGAAUUAAAUUAAUUGGUGCGACUUGAA